AUGGCAUUCUCCAAAGUUGAAAGUCAUAUUAAACUUGUCACUGGAGAUAUUGUCCAGACAAACUCUGGCAAUGAGCUGACACUCCCCUGCUUCCUUGAUCCCAAGAUCAACGCUAACUUCGUAACAAUCAAGUGGUUUAAGGAGAGUGAAUGCAUUUACUUGUACAGGAGUGGCUUUGUGACAGAGGCAGUGGGCUAUGAGCACAAAGUGAGUGUGCUCCCAGAGGAACUGGAGAGAGGUAACGUGUCUCUAAGGUUGAGAAACGUUACAAGUUCAGAUCGUGGAGUCUAUAUCUGUCAGGUCAUCAGCCAGGGACAGAUGCUUGAGGUUGCAGUGUGGUUAUGGGUCAGCAACGCCAAAGCUUACUUACAAUCUGAGACGUUGAUAAACAAGAGGAGAAGGAUUGAAUCUGCAAACAUGCUGGAGACCAAGAAACCACAUCAUUUGAUUAUCAAAGAACCUAGACAACUAGACAAACUUCAAGAGGAAAAAGACAAUUUAAAGCAGGAUAUCCCUAGAAAAAGAGCAGUGACAGAACCCAUUCAACAUUUGAUGAACAGAACCAUGGAAGAUAUAAACCAAGCUCCAGCACAGAGGAGGAUAACCAUCUCUUCAUGCAUGGAGGCAGAAAGUGUGUCUGAGCUGAGAGUGGUGCUGCUGGGGAGGACAGGAGCUGGGAGGAAGGCAGCAGGAAACCUCCUCCUGGGCAGAGAGGAGUGUGAGGCCCAGGACAGCCCCGCUGAAGUCACCCACAGUGGGAGGAGAGAGAGGGACGUGUGUGGGAGACGUCUGGUGCUGGUGGACACUCCGGACUGGUUCUGCCCUGACCUCUCUCUGGAGGAGAGGAGACGGGAUGUGGGGCGGUGUGUCCGUCUGUCAGCACCAGGACCUCACGCCUUCCUCCUGGUCGUACCUGUGGAGCCCCCUGAGGGGGAGGAGAGGCGGGCUGUGGAGGUAAUGGAGGAGAUGUUUGGGGAGGGAUGCUGGGGACACUCUAUCAUUCUAUUCACCCACGCUGGGAGUCUGAGAGAACAAAAGAUGGACGCCAGGAGUCAGAACAUGCAAAUGCUGAUAGAGAAAUGUAUGAACAGCUACUGCAUACUCAACAUCGAGGACAGGACCCGUGGCACUCAAGUUUCAAAGCUGCUGAACCAGAUAGAGGAGAUUGUGGCUGGAAACAGAGAGAGCUUUUACAGCAGUCAGAUGUACCAAGAGGCCCAGGCCAAAAGGAUGGCAAUGGAAAAUGUUUGCAGGGAGAGAGGAGAGAAUGCAGAGGGAAGCGAAAAAAAAGAAAGACACAUAUGAGUUGUGUUUGAUGCUCUUGAAGAAAUAGAGGAGGGAGGGAUCCUCUCGCAUGAGGGAGGCGUCAGAACACUGCGUGGACAAACUGAACUAAAGCAACAGAUGAUUGGAGUGGGACAGAGGAAUGGAGGGGUUGAAGAGAUAGCAAGGUAUAAAACUGAAAGCUUUGGAUCAAAGGGUCGAUCAAAUGUAAAAAUAUCAAUGUAAAUAUGUUUUUGAAUAUGCAUACACAUACAGGCAAUUAUUUAAAUGCUACAUUUGUCAACGUGAAGAGACUAUGAGUUAUGGAGUAUGGUUGUUGUACAAGAUACACAUUCGAAAUUUUCCAGUGAUUAAAAGUAUUUACAAUAUUG